UUUUGCUCCGUUUUUGAGCAACAUUUCUCAAGGAACAUAUUUUAGAAAGAAACGUUUAUUGAAAUGGCUCUGAAUUAUUUGAGAAAGCUGGAAGACAUGGAGUUCUCAGAGUUCUCGUGCCUGUGUGAGCUGUGUGAUUGUGGUCAACACAAAUAUCAUCAGAAUUGCAAGAAGAAGCAAUCAAUUCAACGGCGCUCAGUAAGCCCAGACUGGCUCCUAACCAACUACCAGUCGUCCUUCAGGCGACCUCUGAAUGUCCUGCCCCGCAGCAGCAAGAGGCCAUUACGCACUCCGCCGCACCCCAACCCCCCAGCCAUGCAAAGUGAAACCACACAACGCUCAGAAUUUGGGCCGAGGGUCCCGAGAGAACAGACAAAAGCUGGCAACAGGCCUCUGCAGGAACAACUUCACUCUAAAUCUAUACACACCAAGGGAUUGACUCUAAAAGAACGUCCAACGACAGACCAGAAAUGUCUCAAAGGUAGCCUACCGUCGAGUCGAUCGAGUUCCAGAAGCAACACCAGCUGCAAGGGUUGGAAGUCUGAGCUUUCAGUGAGAUCUGGAGAACGUUUGACUGCAUCAGUCGAAUUUCAGCCUUUGCCCUUUGCGAGACAGAAGACAGUCAAGAAGCGAACAAAACCCAAGCCUGCUCCCAUGGACCUGCUGAGCAGCUACCGCAAAGAUUACCCUGAACACAAGCAAUCGAAGAUGUUGUCAAUAAUACCAGCACAGGACAACUUGCAAGUGAACCGUCAUCUGCCUGCGGACUUCAACACAAUUCAGAAAAAUUCAUAUAUUGGCUGGGACCCCACUCAAUAUCCCCGCCCUGAUCUCAUUAAAUAUAAGGAUCAGUUGAAUGUGGAAGGAGCCAUGGAGACCACCACAGUGACAAAGGGGAGGAUUGAAAGUACAUCAGUCACUGGACGCGAUUUCACCCCGAAAAAUGUCUGCCAGCCACCAAACUAUUCACCUAUCCUGCGAAAGAAUACUUCUCACCACCAAAAUGCCCGCAGCUCACCGUUCCCCAUGUGCAAGCUGCAAGCCUACCUGAUUCACCAGCAUCUCAAGAACAUGAAAAUUUCCAACCGAUCUGUGCCUGCAACAUGUGUACAAUAAGACAGCAACCAGAGCUGCUAAACCAUAAUGUUGGCACAGCAAUACCAAGCAAAAGAGCACUUCAUCCCAUCAAAGUUUAUCUACAUCAUGUACGAACCAUCUGCCUUGAGGUUCUCAUCACUAGAUAUUCAUCCCUAGCAGCAGUGUGGAAGCAAUCUCAUUAUUCAGGGAUGGUGGAUACCACAUAUUCAAGGUUUUUGUGGGAAUGUCCCUUGGACAGAUCAGCUAUUACAUCUUGUGUUUUAAUAUUGGCUAAUCAAUGUACAUGUUUUGGGGAAUUUUCUUUGUAGACUAAUUUGCCUCUUAAAACCAUGUGGGUGAUCGCAGUGUGGUUAUUAUAAUCAUAGAAAUCAGUAACCAUGAUUUUGUU